AUGUACCAAUAAUAUUUUGAUGAUUAUUGUGAGAGAUUAUUUUCCUACAAUUUCCUGAAUUGGCCAUAUAGAGACUCUAAGCUUAAACCUUCGAAAAUGGCUUCUAUAGGAUAUAUUUGUCAUGAAGACUCUCUCUAAUGCUUUUAUUGUUAAAAGAAAAUAAUGAUUGAUGACUAGAUACUACCUAGUGAUGUCAUUUUAGAGAGGGCUAUCAAUUAACAUGACCAAUACUGUCAAGCUAUGGCAAUCAAGUUUAAAAUCACAUAAGAAUUUUUGCAUUCGUAUGGAAUGGCAUAUUAUGAUGAAUGUCUUGCAUCUUGGAAAGACCCGAUCGAAUUGAAAAAGACUUAUUUGGAUAAGGUGCCUCAAAAUCUUAACUUUUUGGUAUAAAAUCCAAAAUAAGUCUUGGCAAUAUUUGGUUGGAUAAAGUAGGACCAAAUUUUAUUGUGCAAAUUUUGUGGGAGGAAAUGUCAAAUAGUAGAAGAAGAAUUUGAUGUAUUUCAAGAACAUAGAUAUUUUUGUAAAUGGGCAAAUGAAGGGAGAAAUAUCAAAUACGGUUAUCUGAUUGUUUUAUAAUAAUUAAGAGACCAAAGCACUCAGAACACUUAAGAUGCAAAAGAAAGAGAAAAUAAUAAUGUUGAACAAGAUGUAUUGAGAAAAACACUUGUUUCAUAAUGCGAGAAUAUCAUAUCUGUAAAUCUAUUAACCAAUACAGAACUGUAAAAGGCUAAGGCAUAAAUAUUAGCAUGUUAAGAUCAACUGACAAAACGAAAAAGAUUUGAUGUAAAAGAAUCAGAGCGCGAAAUGGAGGAAUUUGAAUUGGACAUAUAGAAGAAAGUAAAAGUGCAGAAAGAGCAAAUUGAAGAAAGAAAUAAAGAAAGAAUGAGCAUGAUCAAUAAAUAAGAUUCAGAUGAGGAAGAAGAAUAAGAAUAGGAAGUAGAUAUGGCAGUGCACGAUCAAUAAGCCCAACAUAAUCAUGUUUAAGAGAAUAAAGAAAAUACAAACAAUUAAUAAUAACACAAUUAAGUUGUAAAUGGAGCAGAUCAAAGAAUUGAAUAAGAGGACAAUUAGAAAUAGGAAACUAAUAGAGAACAAAAGGAAAACUCAGAAAAUUAAAAUCAAGUUUAGGAGAUUUAGGAAAUUUAGAAGAGAGAAAAGUUAAUUACUAACCAUAUUCAAGAAGAACAAAUAUAAUAGUAGUAAAUGAUUGUUUAAAAUUAAGAAGAACAAAUAGAAUAGUAAAUUAUUGCUUAAAGUAAUAAAUCAAAAUAGAGUUCUCCUUAAUUGCCUACUUAGUUAUUGGUUGAAUAAAGAGGUGAUUAAUAUUCAAGUGAAAGAGGAGAACAAAUUAAUCAAGUUGUUCCAUAAGAUAAGGAAAUUGAGAAAGUAUAAGUAUAAUAAUCAGAAGAAAUAAUUGAAAAGCAAGAGAAGGGAGAAAAUAAUCUUAUAAAUAUUAACAAUGUAGAAUAAUAACAUAAUUAAAAUAAUGAUUCCUAGAAACAUAAUAAUUAAUAGACAAUUUAAGAUGAGAAUUAACAAGAUGCAGAGGAAAAAGAACAAAAUCAAUAAUUGGUUUAAGAUUAAGUUGAGCAUAAUGAGAAAUCAAUUGUUAUUGAAUAAAAUCAAUAGGCUCAAAUUUAAAGUCAAGAAAUAGAAAUUGAAUAAGAAAAGAAAGAACCUAAUCCUAAUGUUGAAGUAUAGGAAGUUAAUAAAGAUAAUGAAUAAAUUCAAGAUUAAGAGAUUAAAGAAGUGGAAAUUUAAAAUAUUGUAAUUUCUGAUGAGAAAAAUCAAAACUAAAUAAUAAGCGAAUAAUAGAAGGUUGAUACAAUAGAAAGAGAAUUGGAAUCUAAGUAAUAAAAUCAGGAAGAGAAUAUUUAAUAAGAAGUUGAAGUAGAUUAAGAGAAGAAUUUAGAGAGUCCAAAAAAUAUAAUGAAAACUUCAUUUUAAAAUGAUGAUAGCAAUCUUAGAAAUUAGGAGGAUAAUAAAAUUAUGACUAUUAUUAAUUUAGAGGAUCAAAUUAAGUCUAGGUAAUAGGAAAAUUAAGAAAUUGAAUAAGAAUAAGAAGAGCAAGAUAAUCCAAAUGUCAUUGAGGCGUAAGACAAUGAGAAUCUUGAUAAAGAUUGA